AUGGAUCUUUUCCUCCUUUUAAUCUCCAUGAUAUCAAUAUUAUUAGCUUACAAAUUCUACAAAAAGCUGAAAUACAAUCUCCCACCUGGCCCAUUUGCAUGGCCAAUACUAGGCAACCUACCCAGCUUUGGACCAGACAUAACCCAAAGCAUUGACAAGUGGUCACAAACCUAUGGCCGAAUCAUAUCAAUUUGGGUUGGUUCAAACCUAAACGUCGUCGUUUCUAGCUCAGAGCUAGCCAAGCAAGUGCUUAAAGACCAAGAUCAGAUGCUUGCUCAUAGACCGAGAAAUAAAUCGGUCAGUAUAAUGUCCAGAAAUGGCAAAGGCAUGCUUUGGUCCGACUAUAGUCCCAAUUAUGCUAAACUUAGAAAACUUUGUACACUUGAGGUUUUUUGUCAAAAGGGUAUUGAAGCUUUUAGACAUUUUAGAGAAGAUGAAAUUAGAUUAAUGAUUUAUUCUAUUUAUAAAGAUAGUAGUACCGAUGAUUUUGAUUAUUUGCUAAUCAGAAAAUAUUUAAAUACAAUGAAUUUAAAUAUUGCUAGUAUGCUUGCACUAGGAAAACGAUUGAUGGCCGGAAAAGGCGACGGAAAUGAAUUAGGGUUUGAAUUUAAGGCAAUUUUGGAUGAAGAAAUAAAACUUGCAACUUCCCUUUCUCCUGCUGAGCAUAUUUGGUGGUUAAAUUGGAUUUUCCGUGUUCGAGAAAAGGCGUUUUCGAGUCAUUUAGCUCGUCGGGACGAGUUUAUUCGAGUUAUAAUGGAUGAGUACAAGAAAGAUUGUGACAGUAAACGAAAUCUUGGGAAUGCGUUGCUUGGUUCGGAAGAAAGGUUUAGUGAGGAAAACAUAAUUGGACUAGUUUGGGAUGUGAUAACAGCAGGCAGCGAGACGAGUAGCUCAGUUGUUGAAUGUGCAAUGGCUGAACUCGUGAUAAACCCUAACUUGCAAGACAAGGCACAACAAGAACUAGACAAUGUAAUUGGAAAAAACAGAGUUAUGUCCGAAUUAGACAUACCAAACCUUCCUUACCUUCAAUGCGUAGCUAAGGAAGCGCUGAGAUUACAUCCUCCAGCUCCGUUUCUAUUACCUCAUAAGGCGGGUUCCGAUGUCAGGAUCGCCGGAUACGAUAUUCCUGAAGGAACUAGCAUUCAUGUCAAUGCAAAAGCUAUCGGACGCGACCCAGAAAUUUGGAAGGACCCAUUAAAGUUCCAGCCUGAGAGAUUUAUGGAAGAAGAUGUUGAAUUGAUUAAGGGUUUCGAUUUUCGGUUGCUUCCGUUCGGUGCUGGGAGGCGUAUGUGUCCUGCUGCUCAACUUGGUAAUAUUUUGGUUACGUCUAUGUUGGGAAAUUUGUUGUAUUAUUUUAAGUGGAGGUUGGCUGAUGGUGUAAAACCUGAAGAGAUUGAUUUUUCCAGGACAUCGAUGCCGGGGAAUGUAGCGAAAACACAGUUACGAGUUGUGCCUAGUUUUAGAUUGCCAGAACAUUUAUACAAGCUUGAGAGCUUAGAUAUGUUGAGUAGUUGA